CUUGUUUCGACCCUGAUGAAGAAGGACGCAUCACUGCAAGCUCUCAGCAUGUUACAAUGCCAGCACGAGCUAUGUUGACUUUAAGAUCGCUGGAAGGGUAUUGGAUCUGCUUGUCGAUUCUCCCAUGCAGAGCAACCGAACGCCUCUCUUCCAAACCUUCUCUCUUGGCCACCACUUUCAUGAUCACGCACACUUUCCCACCAUACUAGAAGUGCAGCUCCCCACAACUGACUUUCUGGAGGAUUUCGCUUUACGGUCAGAGGUAUCUCCCUGGUCGAGGGCUUUACUAUCGCGUACGCCUCCCUUCGCCAUACUACUCAAUGGAGCGGCGACAAAACAAUCAAGACCGACAGUCCAGCGGCUCGUCCAACGGCCAAAGUAAUCAGUCACAGCAAUGGUCUUCGAACCAGAGAGACUCGACUAAUAACAACGGUCAGAAUGGUUCUCAGCAGAGUCAAUCCGGUCAAUCUGGUCAAUCCGGUCAAUCUGGUCAAUCUGGCAACAAUGUUGGGACCCAGCAGGUCGAAUGGGCAGCGGGGAGGAAACGAUCAGAACAACCAACAAGGUGACCAAGGCUCACGGGGAGGGAACAACGACAACAACCGUAAUCAGCGAUAUGACAACAAUAGGGAUCAAAACCAACAGGGCGGAGGGGGGAUAUCAGAUGGUACCGUCAAGGGAAUCGCUAUUGGAGCGAGUGUCGGAGGCGUGUUGAUUCUCGCCGUUAUCAUUUACAUCCUGUGGAGAAGACGCAAGCGCGCUUCCUCCGCGCGCUCCAAGUCGCCAUCCAACAGCACGAUUCUCCACCCUCCGGCAGGUAACGACAACAUGGCAACUCUACCGAUAUACCGCAGUGACCGCUUCUCUGUACGAUCAGCUGGCCACGACUCCGUAACUAACAUGGCGAACCAAGCAGCCAGAGAUCCUCCUCAUGCUGCCCAAAGGAGCCCGCUGAGCGCACCUGAAGCUUGGAAGUCCUUACAUCCCCCGAAAGUCGGGUCACCCGAAGCACUACAAGCAUCCACUCAACUCUCGCCUCCUCUAUCGCAGCCACCUCAGGCUCACAUGGCACCUCAAGAAAGGUCAAGCGCAACCAUGCUGGAUCUCCCGGUCAUGAAAGAAUCCAACGCACACAACCCCGGCCUCGGUCUCUUCACUCGCCGCUCAACAGACUUAUCCGGAGCCAGUGACAACGAAUGGCCCCUCAAAGGCGAAGGAGACUCACCCGAAGAAACCCAAAACCCAGAUCGUUGGAGCUGGUCAAACUCCAACGCUCCCCCCACACCACGCAUAGUCCCAUCCAACGCUCGAGCAUCUCUUCAAAGCUACCCGGGAGGCGCAAGUCUCGCAGCGUGGUUACGUAACCAACGAGAAGAUCCUGCAGAGUCUGCUGGUGGCCAUAAACCUCUCCUGAAGAACCAGGCUACGACGCCUGUUCUGACCUCCGAUGCUGCUGUGCCUGCGAGAAAGGCUUCGAAGCCACGUGAGGGGAAGAAAGGAAAUCACGGACAUGGUCAUGCUCUGUCCGGCAUGUUCAAACCGAAUAAUUCGAAACCCCAGCCGUCGAAAAUGGAGACUUGGACGCCGCCGAAAGGGGCGAAUUCUCUGCGGCCGAGCACGAAUAUCAAUGGCACUGACGUCACUGCCAUUGAGAUGAAGGAGAAGAUUUGAGAAACAUUUUCUCGCCACCAACGACAACAAGAUGACAACGUACAUUUUGUAUGAUACGUGGGUCCUUAAGUGCUGGACACAUCAUAUUCAUCUCCGCGGAGAUCGAGGUGGAUUUUUGAGAAUCCAUCUUUGCUUUACGACACGAUACCCUUUGAAAGCGUUAUGAGACAGAAAGGAGCAAAAUAACAAAACAUUCUUUGAAAAGAAAGGGGGCGAGCACAGAACAUCUAGAAAGACAAACAACUCGACUUCUGUAUCUGAUACGACCGCUAUCCAUGCAGCAUCUUAUAGUGUACGCAAUAUACCAACCGCUAUGCAAG